GGUGAAUUACUCGAUAUCUUUGACUGUCCGCACAGGUCUUAGCCAAAGUAGCAAAAUAUUUUCCCAAUAACAGAUUCAGCGUGAGAGUUAAAUCUUUUUUUAUCUUUUUGUAGAUUAUGUUUUCGUGGGUUCCUUGAUGUAAUCUUCAAUGAGAGUUUCUUCUUGUACCUAUUUCUCUUGCUUCCUUAAUUUAUGUGAGCAUCAGGUAUACCCUCCAAGCGUUUAUUAACAACUAUACUCUUGCGCUGAUCCAUGUGCUGAACCUGAGAAGCGCUUUAUGAUGAUCUGGAAAAGGAAUAUUUCCCUGAAAUGUCCGGAAGAAUCCACCUGACCAAUUGGGUUGACAAGAUCAAUACUCUAGUCAGCCGAGGGCAAAGUCGUGAUGGUUUACUUCUCUUCUACAAACUCCAUAAGUCAGGAGAUUGGAUAACCAGGUUUCUUCUCUCAGCUGUUCUCAAGGGCUGUACAGAACUUGAGACUUCUCAAGAAGGCAAGCAAGCUCAUUGUGCAAUCCUGAAACAUGGGUUCCAUAGUGAUGUCGUCCUCAUGACUUCCCUCCUCAACGUGUAUUACAAAUGCAUUAGCAUUGAAGAAGCACGCCGGGUAUUCGAUGAAAUGCCUGAGAGAGAUGUUGUCGCAACAAAUAGCUUGAUCACCGGCUUGUGCCGAUACCACUUAACAUCGGAUGCAGUCCAAUUGUUCGAAAGAAUGUCUGAGAGGGAUGUGGGAUCAUGGAAUUGUUUGAUUUCGGGCCUUGCGCAGAACUUUGAAGGUGAGAAAGCUCUUUCUUUCUUCAGAAAAAUGAGGUCAGAGGGAAAGGAAUUUGAUUUUAGAACCAUGGUUAGUGUCCUUUCAGUUUGUGCCGAUCUGGCGGCCUUGGUUAACGGUAAACAGAUCCAUGGUUUGGUAAUUAAAUAUGGUUUUGAACCAUAUCUUCCAAUUGGGAAUGCUAUCGUUGACAUGUAUGGUAAAAGUGGUUGCAUGGAUGAUGCAUGUGCUUGUUUUGAUAAUAUGCCAGCCAAGAAUGUAGUUUCCUGGACCUCUCUCAUGGUGGGUUAUGGGAAGCAUGGCUUAGGGUUGGAGGCUCUCAAAGCAUUUGAUCGAAUGGAAAUGGAGGGGAUCCAACCUAACAAAGUGACUUUCUUGGGUAUCCUAUUUGCAUGCAGCCAUGCUGGACUAGUACAGGAAGGAUGGAGGAGUUUCAACACUAUGGUCUGCAAAUACACUAUUCAACCCAUGAUGGAGCACUAUACAUGCAUGGUGGAUCUUUUUGCGCGGGCUGGGCACCUUAAAGAGGCCAAUGAUUUCAUAGAGAGAAUGCCAAUCGAACCAGAUGCAAAGCUUUUGACUGCAUUUCUGAGAUCAUGUUUCUCCUUCAUGAAUGUAGAGAUAACAAAAAGAGUUGGGCAAAGAUUACUCGAAUUGAAGCCUGAAGCAGGAGCUUAUAUGUUGUUAUCCAACUUCUAUGGUGUGGUUGGAGACUUGGAUGGGAUUGUAAAGGUUAGAAAAUUGAUGACAAAUAGAGGGGUAAGGAAAGAAAAGGCAUAUACAUGGAUCGAGAUCAAUAGAAGGGUGCAUGCUUUUGAGUCAGGAGAUAGAUCCCAUCCCCUCCAUGAAGAGAUUUGUGACUACAUGAAGAAUCUCAUUGAGAAGAUCAAAAAUUAUGGAUAUGUGCCAAAUACAACCAUGGUGAUGCAAAAUCUGGAAGAGCACAAAAAGGAAGAGAUACUUCUCGGUCACAGCGAGAAGCUUGCAAUUGGACUAGGACUCAUCAGCACUCCACCAGGUACCCGGAUUACAAUAGUCAAGAACUUGCGAGUAUGUAAUGACUGCCAUGAUGUGACAAAGUUAAUUUCCAGGAUUGAUGGAAGGGAAAUUGUAGCAAGGGACUCCAGUAGAUUUCACCAUUUCAAGCAGGGGGCAUGCUCUUGUGGUAACCAUUGCAGGGAUAGAUAGAGAUUUGCAGAGCUUUCCUGAACAAUAAACAGAGAAAGACGAAGGAGAAGAGGUAAGAUGAAGUAAAUAUGGAGAAAUGCUUUCUAAUCACAGCCAAUACAGAAGAUACAGAAUAAACGGUUGACGUUCGUCGCUCGUCGCCGUUGAUCGCUCAACGCUACUCACCGCUCGCCACUUGCCGCUCUCAGUCGCUAGCCGUUGCUUCAGCCUCUAUAGGUGAGACGAAAGUGAAGAAGAUAACCCUUUAUCUUCUAAUGGGUAUAAUGGUCAUUACAUUCUACAGGGGUGAUU